AUGGCAGAAAGGGUGGGCAGUGAGAACAGUGGGGUGUUUUGGAUAUGUUCCGGAAGCGAAGAAUCCGGCCCAAGAUUUCGGACAGAGCCUCCUUUUAGAAUAGAAUUUUCGAACAGCAGUGGGACCGAACUUCGUUGUGCUGCUAGUGGUGUUCCCUCGCCAAGGAUCAGUUGGCAGAAUAGAGAAGGUGAAAUUGCUAGAGACAUUUCUGGUCUGCGAUACACGAGGAGUGAUGGGACGCUGGUGUUUCCACCCUUCGCUGGCGAAGAUUAUCGCCAAGAUGUCCAUGACACUCUUUAUCAGUGCUUAGCUGAAAGCAGUAUGGGUGCUAUAAUAAGCAAAGAAACGCACGUGAGAGGAGUUGUCCAACAGAAAUUCCUUCCACAAGUGUAUGAUGACUACGUGAUACGAGGAAACACUGCAGUUCUUCGGUGCCAUUUGCCUUCUUUUGCUCGAGAGUACGUCACUUUAGACUCAUGGAUAAAAGACGACGAAACUAUACUAAAAAGUACAGACAUAGAAGAUGAUAAGUAUACAGUUCUGUCCACUGGUGAAUUGUUAUUACAUAAAAUUGUGGAUUCUGAUGGACGAAGCAAUUUUAAAUGCCGAGCAAGGCAUCGAUUAACAGGAGAAUUAGCAGUGAGUCCUACCGUAGGAAGAGUGAUUGUAACAGAACCACAUUCUCCGAUGGGACCAAGAAUUACUUUCAGCCAAUCACAGGUCAGAGCAGAAGAAGGAAGUUAUGUCAGAAUCCCUUGCGUGGCAACCGCACAACCAGCUCCCGUUUACAGGUGGCUUAAAGAAACUUCAAAUGGUGUUUUCCCGGUAAUGGAGGAUAUGAGAAUCAAAGUAACGUCUGGCACUCUCCACAUUCGAAAUGUUUUGAUAACUGACAGUGGGAAAUACCAAUGUAUAAUAACAAAUGGCAUUGGGGACAAAAGAACAGACACAGUACUUCUAGUAUCAGCGCCUCUUAAAGUAACAGUCAUCCCCGAGCAACAGACACUGAACAUUGGUGAAACCGCUGUCCUCAACUGCUCAGUCAGUGGUUAUCCCAUCCACACCAUAACGUGGCGGAAGGAUCAACGCCACUUGAUAGCUAACUCAAGAGUUCAACUGCUUUCUAGAGACGUACUCCAUAUAACCUCAGUCAGGAGGGAAGACAAAGGAAUGUACCAGUGCUUUGCUUAUAAUGAUGUGGACGGAGCUCAAGGCACAGCCCAGAUUAAAAUAGGAGACGUCCCACCUUACUUGCUGUCAGCAUUUCCAGAUACAACUGUCCAUUCUGGUGAAUUCGUGAGUUUAAAGUGCGUAUCCGCCGGAAAUUUCGUGCCUCGGGUGGUAUGGACACUGUACGACACUCUUAUCACUCCAUCCUUGAGUUCCAGAACCAAAACCGGGGACUUCGCCACCCCACAAGGCCACGUCACCAGCUACCUCAAUAUUACGGAUGCCAGAGUGGAGGACAGCGGAGUCUACCGGUGUGACGUCAGCAAUGACGUCGGUGCCGUGUGGCACGCAGCAAGACUGAACGUGUAUGGGGCUCCUUUUGUGCGGCCUUUUCCGAACAUAUCCGCAAUAUCCGGUCAGGAAGUAGUUUUGAAUUGCCCUUAUGGGGGCUAUCCGAUCAAAAGCAUUACCUGGCAGAAAGGAGGGAUCAUUUUACCCCUGGACCGAAGACACCGGAUAAACAAUUCAAAAUCUUUAGUGAUGAAUGACGUUCAAAAAGCAGCCGACGAAGGCGAAUAUACGUGUGUUGUGAAAGAUGUUGAAGGCGUUACAGCAUCCGGAUCGACAUUUGUAUCAGUCGUUGUUGCGCCAGUUAUAGAUGCUCAAUACUUUCCCGAUACCAUUACUGCAAAUCAGGGAGAGCGUGCGAAAAUCAUCUGCAGCGUAACCACAGGCGACCCUCCAAUCAGGUUCAAGUGGUUAAAAAACGGAACCCCAUUCUCAGCAUCAGGAAAAACAUCCAUUCAACUGCUUGAAGAUUCCUCCGUUGUUGUAUUCCGUCGAAUCAAAUCCAGUGACAGAGGACAAUACACUUGCGUAGCUACUAAUAUUGCUACGUCUGCGAAUAUGACCACUCAACUAGUUGUGAAUGUGCCUCCCAUUUGGAUGGCAGAGCCGGUGAAUACAUCAGCGAUAUUGGGCAGCAGCGCCUGGAUGAAUUGUUCCGCCGAAGGAUUUCCAGCUCCCAGUGUUAUCUGGAGGAAGGCGAGAGAAACGUCUCCCAGCGACUUUGGUUACGUGACGUCUAGCCCAAGGAUACGGCAGUACAAUAAUGGAUCAUUGGUGAUAUGGGAUAUUGAAAUAUCAGACAAAGGAUUUUAUCUAUGCCAAGCCAAUAAUGGCAUCGGAGCGGCUUUAAGUAAAGUUGUGUUUCUGGAUGUUCAAGUGCCGCCAAAAUUUGAAGAAACAUAUCAAAGUCGAGCAAUCAAGGAAGGAGAUAAUACCAGCUUAAAGUGUACAGCGCAAGGAAACACUCCUAUCACAAUAGCAUGGAACAAAAAUAAAACACCACUGCUUAUGUCCGAAAAAUCUAGAUUUUCUGCCCGGGAAAUAUCUGAUGCUAAUCGACUAACUUCUGAGCUAGUGAUUGUAUCCGCUAAGAGGGAAGAUAGUGGCAUGUAUGGUUGCGCAGCUGUGAACGAGUUUGGUUACGACGAAUCCACGUUUCAAUUGGUAGUUCAAGGUGUUCCAGAUCCCCCUAUCAACUUGACCGUGACGAAUACAACUAGUAGAACAGUGACAAUUCGUUGGGAAGUGCCUUUUAAUGGGAAUAGUCAUAUUACGGGUAGCAGCGUGCAAUACAAGAUGGCGGAAGACAGUUGGAAGGGUCAUACUUCGCAAUUAAUUGUAUCUGGGCCUGAAGUUAGCACAACAUUAAGAGCUCUACAUCCAGUAACCACAUAUCAUGUCAGAGUUAUUACAGAAAACGCUUUGGGGAAAAGUAGGCCUAGUACCAUUAUCAAUGUGACGACUCUAGUGGAAGCUCCUUCUGCUCCUCCCAGGGAGUUAACCGUUCAUCCUACUGGAGACCAAUCUUUAAAAGUGUCAUGGAAACCUCCUAGAGAAGAUGCCAGACAUGGUCGGUUACAAGGUUACCACGUGGGUUACAGAGUAUACCACUCAUCUGAAAAAUUUCAGUUCAAGAAAGUUGAAGUAAAUGGAGAAAGUGAGCAGCAGUCCGUAUACGUAACUGGACUGCAACCUUUUACGAAGUAUGAAAUUAUUGUCAAGGCUUAUAAUACGGCUGGGGCUGGACCACAGACGGACAGUAUUAUUGGCACCACUCUGGAAACAGCUCCACCAACGUCUCCUAUUUUGCAAGUGGAAAGUACCACUUCAGAUACGAUUACCAUUAGAUGGGAGAAAGAUUCAAAAGACAGAUCCAGUAUAACAGAGUAUACAUUGCAUUUCAAACCCGAUGACGGUAUGUGGCAGAGUAAAAAAUUGCGAAGCACGACUGACAGAUACACCUUAGAAAACGUUAGAUGUGGAACACGAUAUCAAAUGUACCUGACAGCGGCCAAUAGCCUUGGAACCGGAGAACCUAGUAGAUCAGUUACGACAAGAACGAAGGGAGCAGCACCAAUUCCAGCACCUCAAGAAUCUUUCAUUACUCUAAACUCAACAUUUGUGAUUCUACAUCUUGAUGGAUGGUCAAGCGGAGGUUGUCCAAUCAAAUUUUUCAACGUGCAGUACAAGCACACAUAUCAAGGACAAUGGACUGCUGUACCGGAAAGUAUUCCAUCAACACGUGAAAGAACUAUAUUGGGACAACUCAUACCAGACAGGGAGUACGAUGUGAAGGUGACAGCACACACAGAAGCUGGGGUGACUCAAGGAGAAUACAAGUUCAGAACGUUGCCAAGGGCUUCUGCAUCGGAGACAACAUCCCUUCCAGCUCUGGUUCGCCGUGACGCUGAACUUCCAUUUCACAGGAACGUGACACUGAUUAUUCCUGUUGUUGUUUCUUCUCUGGUGCUAAUUAUUGUCAUAUUUACUGUCGCAAUAUGUUUGAGGAAGCACACACAAGACAGAAGAGGCCAACAAGGUUUUUCAUAAGUUAAAGAUCUACCAAGAAAAUAACGAACACGAGGCUUCAUGUGUCAUAUAUGCUUCAGGAAUCGAGCAUUUGUCCGAAAAACAAUGGUAUUGUACUUUUUAUGAAGGUUCAAGACGGCGGGUAAAUUUUAACAUUAUUAAGUAAAACAUUCCAACUUAUUCUUCACAAAGAAAUAUCACCAAUGUUCAAUCCAUUUGUAUAUUCUCAUAAUUUUGUAAAAAUACAGCUUUCAUAAUUGUUGUUGUCAUGAAUAAGCAUAUGAAAUGAUGAAAUAUGUAAUUUUGACAUUACAGUGAGAUGUUAAAUAAAA